GAAAGACAGAAGGUCACUGUUAGACAGAGAAAGAGAGGCAUUUGUCACUCCAAAGUCCCAACAGAGCUGAGCUGCGGUGGUGUGUGGCGGAGGACGGUGGAGCAAAAUAGUGAUGGGCGUUUCACAGAGCAACAGCAGAAGAAGAAAUCAUAACUGGAAUGCUUAUUAUUCCUACCCUUCUUCUUCUUCUUACUCUUACUACUCCUCUGACCCUCCUUACCACGCCCACCCCCCAUCCCCUUUCCCUUUUCCACCGCAUCUCCUCCCACCCCCACCCCCACCUUCUUACUCCUACCCCUCUACCUGCCACUGCACUAAUCCUGUAGUGGGUAGGUCUGUUUUUACUCCAUAUCAUAACAAUGAUUGGUCUGCCUCUUACCUACCUCCUCCUCCUCAUCAUCAGGUGGUGGGGAUGGUGACCCCAUCACCUUAUGUUGAAACCCAACAAGCUAAGAAAGUUAAGAGUGGUGUAAAUGUGCAUAAAGAUUCGUUAAAGCUUGAGAUUGAUGAGCAAAACCCAGAUCACCAUUUGGUUUCUUUUGUCUUUGAUGCUCUCUUUGAUGGAAACAUCACAGUGUUUUAUUUUGUCAAGGAAGAGCCUCAUUGCAGAUUUGUUCCAAUAUAUCCCCAUGUCCAUGUACCUAUAACAGUUCCUUUCCAGAGAGGACUUGGACAGAAAUUUCGUCAGCCUUUUGGGACAGGCAUUGACUUGAGUUUCUUUGAAAUGGACGAUCUUCCCGAACUAUCAUCAGAAGACAGUGUGUUUCCCCUUGUAAUAACUGCUACAACCUGCCUUCCAUCUGUUUUAACAGAGGAUCAUAUUAGUGAUACUCAGCCUAAAACAUCCCUCCAUAUGCAAAUUAGUCAAGCUGUAUUGGAGAAGGAUCAUGAAGGGACUUUCAAAGUGAGAAUCAUCAGGCAGAUUUUAUGGGUUGAUAAUGUUCGCUACGAGCUGCAUGAGAUAUAUGGAAUUGGAAACUCUGGCCCAGAUUAUGAGAACAAUGGCUCAGGCAAGGAGUGUGUAAUAUGCAUGACCGAACCCAAAGAUACAGCAGUUCUUCCAUGCCGCCAUAUGUGCAUGUGCAGUGGAUGUGCAAACACAUUGAGACUUCAGUCAAACCGAUGCCCAAUUUGUCGACAACCAUUUGAAGAGCUCUUAGAGAUCAGGAUUAAUAAUGGCGCUAUUGAUGAGUGAGCAUUUUCUUGCAGAAACAAAGUAGCAAUCCUAAUCUCAUCAUACGUGUCUUCUGUUUUGAUUUCGUAAAUGUUUGCCCCUAUAUAUUUUGUAGAUCUUCAUAUGGCCAAUCAACCACUUUUUCUUGGCCAACUAUUUUUUUCGUUUACUCGUGUUAUAUUGCAAUGUAAAUAUAAACCUAGUCCAAAAUGGUCUGGAUGAGUUUGUUUCACUGCACUGGAAGUAUGGUGCAUGAACACAUUCCAUGUAUGUUUGAUCUCUGACUAAAGCUUUUAACAUUAUUGCUUACCUUUCCAAAUGUCCUAUUUUUGAA